UUUGGAGUCUUGGAGAUCUCGUCUAUCUCCUACGUAAACAUAAUAGACUUCAAAAUAAAAUAAUUAUCAUAUCAUAAUAAUGUGGAAAAAAAGUAUAUAAGAGUUACAGAUUUUCAGGGAAGGACUUCUUGCCUCCGAAUUCUCAGGGAAGGACUUUCCGGCAAUUAUAAAUACUGCUAUUUUUCUUUCUGAAAAAAUGCCACCAACAAUUUCCUUUAAUUUUUCUGCUCUUCUUCUUCUUCGUUUCUUCACUUUCAUUCUCUUUCUUCAUAUUUUCUGUGAUUAAGGAUGACUAUCCUCAUUAAUCACCAGCCUCAGUUUGGGGUCGAAGGGGAGGAAAAGGUGUGUAGUGAACAAGAUUUGAUUUACAAUGGAGGAUUUGUGGUGCCACAUGCCAAUUCGUUUGGCCAUAACUUUAGGGAUUACGAUGCUGAAAGUGAGAGGCAAGAAGGAGUGGAGAAUUUCUAUAGGACCAAUCACAUUUACCAGACUUAUGACUUUGUGAAGAGAAUGAGAGAAGAAUAUGGGAAAUUGGAGAAGGUGGAAAUGAGCAUAUGGGAAUGCUGUGAACUCCUAAACAAUGUUGUUGAUGAGAGUGAUCCUGAUUUGGAUGAGCCUCAAAUUGAGCACUUGUUGCAGACUGCUGAAGCCAUCAGAAAAGACUAUCCUCAUCAAGACUGGCUCCACUUGACUGCCCUAAUUCAUGAUCUUGGGAAAGUCCUUCUUCUUCCGAGCUUCGGAGAGCUCCCACAAUGGGCCGUGGUGGGCGACACGUUCCCCGUUGGAUGUGCCUUCGAUGAAUCCAUUGUUCAUCACAAGCAUUUUAAGGAGAAUCCGGACUACAACAACCCCGCUUACAAUACCAAGUUCGGAGCGUACAAGAAAGGAUGUGGGCUCGACAAAGUGCUCAUGUCGUGGGGGCACGAUGACUACAUGUAUCUGGUGGCCAAGGAAAACAAAUCGACUCUGCCGUCUGCUGGCCUUUUCAUCAUCAGAUACCAUUCAUUCUAUGCUUUGCACAGAUCCGGAGCCUACAAGCACUUGAUGAAUGAGGAAGACGAAGAGAAUCUCAAGUGGCUUCAAAUUUUCAACAAGUAUGAUUUGUACAGCAAGAGCAAGGUUCGGAUUGAUGUGGAGGCUGUGAAGCCCUACUACCUCUCGCUCAUUGAGAAGGUAAAAUUUUGGCUCUUUAACUUUUUUGGCUAUGUAUAUGUUUUGUUUGAUUAUCUUAUCACGUGAUGUUUUCUGUCUGUUUCCUACAGUAUUUCCCAGCGAAAUUGAGGUGGUGAAGAAGUCUUGAGAUAUUGUGAGAGAGUGGUGUGUGAGAAAAUGGAGCAAGAUUGGCAUUGUUGUAGAGAGAGAUGGGAUGGAGCUAUGGAGUUUUGAGUGGUGUUUAUGUAUGUUUUUAACAUAUAUGUUUAUGUAAUGUAUUGUGUGGCUCUUUUGUUGUUUGAAAUGCACAUGAUGGGAAUAAAAAUUUACUUAUGAUGCGAA